AUGAGUCUGCACACCUUCAUUUUCCCAUGGACGGGGCUGAUGCAAAAGACGUGGCUACAGAGUGAUCAGAUUUACUGCACAGAUGGGCCUUCCGCAAGAGGUGAAAUCAUGGUGCAAGGAAUCCAGCUGUACAUGGUGACUUCUGGUCAGGAUGGUCCUCAAGGACCAAAGGGCACACAUCGCUCUGAAAGAAAUAAACCAGACUGCCGCUCUUCAGGCCAAGGACCCUUGUCAUCCAUAAGAGCAGCAAUCAAGAGAUCUUCUCGGACCUCUAGCCAUAACGAACAGCAGAGGGAUAGAAGGCGUCCUGAAAUUACAAUAGUUGCUGCUGAACCCCUCCGGCCAUCCUCCUGGUUUCCAGGUGCAAGCCCUGUCACUCCUCAGGGAUUAGGAUUCCCUUCUGCUUCAUCUCAUGCUCAGUGGAGGAGAAAUGAGCAUAUUCCAGCUGAGCUUCCACCAUCAUAUGAGCAGGUGAUAAAAGAAAUCAAUCAAGUACAAGUCAAUACAACAAAUAACAAUAAUGCUGCUGCUCCUAGACAUACCACUACUUCUGCAACACAAACUGACUUUCCGGAGGAACUAAUCAGCCAUUUGCCGGGAAGUAAUGUAAAAACUAGUGUGGCUACACACUGGGAACCUGCAGGCUGUCUAGGGCAGAGUCCUCUUAAACCUCCUAGGCCUUCUGCAUCUCUCCUGAAUAGGUGUCCUUCAGAAAAUGAGAAUCCCUUAAUAGUCUUUGAAAUUUCUGAAGGUCAGAGGUGCCAAGAAAAUCCCAAUGCUGUGAUACGUCCUGUGCCAAAGCCGAGAUCAAGAAGCAAUGUCAGACAUGUGGUCAAAAAUACUGAAAGUAAGAUAGACAACGGAGAAGAAGUGAACCAGUCUACCACAAAAAGGCAGCAACCUCCAAUUCAGCAGUCACCUCUCUUAGAUGAUCGCUUACUAGACAAUCACUUGGCGAUGGAUAGCAUGGGUACAGAAAAGAGCCAAAAUAGUAUUGUUUCAAGGAUCAAAGUUUUUGAAUCCCAAGGAACUAAUGAUACCUCAGGAUUAUCAAAAAAGCCAGAAAUUGCCCCUCGUUCAUUCACUCCAAGACCUGUUACUGCAAAGAAGCCAGUAGUUGCUCCAAAGCCAGGGGUAAGCAGAAUUUCGGGAGACUGGGACGCAUGGACAGAAAGCAAAUCAACACCUCCCAAGGAAUUGCAGCCUCAACCUGAAGGAGUUGGGAGCAGUGUUGUAACCAAACCUGAACUGCCAAAGAAGCCAAAACCUGGCCUUGUUAAAAGUAGUAGUAGUGAUUUUCUUGAUACAAGGAGUGGAUCGGUUGCAGAGAACACCGAUGGACAAAAGAAAUUUCCUGUUCCUGCUCCAAGGCCUCUUGUUCCUAAAAAGUCACGUUAUGCAGAAAAUCCUGCCCUUUCUUUGGCCUCACUAAAACCAAUUGCUGCUCCCCCACGGGCUCUUGUAUCUGCCCAAGAAAAAGCUUACAAGUCUCUGGGGGAAUUGUCACCUGCAGCCAACUCCUCAGCACCUGCUUUGCAAAAUAAAUUAGAUGUGGAAGGAGAUCUGAUCAGUUUUGAUGAUGAUGUUUUGCCCCUAAGUCCAGCUUGUGUAGUUAAAGAUAGCUUCAGUUCUGAAGCAGCAGCAGAUCCAUUUCAGUUCCUCACCAGAAGUGAACCUGCAAAGGAACAGACAGCUCAACCAGCUUUAGCCCGGAAACCCACUGUGAUCCGAAUCCCAGCUAAACCCGGGAAAUCUUUAAAUGAAAUCCCACAUAGCCCUCCACCACUUCCUGCUGAAAAGCCUAUUGGGAACACCUCCGAUAUCACAGUGGGAAAACCCAACAGUGGUGACCUAGUAAAAAAAGUGGAGUUGGAUCAUUCAGAACAGGGUGGAGUGCCUCAGCUAGAACCUGUACUACCCCCAAGGCCUGUGGAUGGAAAAAUUAUACCUGCUCGACCUCCCCCACCUAAAGGUGUUCCUGGAAGACCACCUCCACCAAAACUCUCUGCAGCCAAGACCUCCUCCCAGAAGGAUGCUCUUUUGCGAUCUACUUCUGACAUUGCUCCUGAUAAAAAACCCAGCAAGUUCAGAUUGGGACCCAAGAGAGCAAAAAGUCAAGUCUUUAAAAAUCCAGAUCCAGCAUUACCUCCUAGACCUAAACCGGGUCAUCCUCUCUACAAUAAAUACAUGCUACCUGUGCCUCAUGGAGUUGCCAGGGAAGACUGUCUUCCUAGGAACACUGGAGAACUGUCCUGUAAGGAUUCAAACCACACUCCAAAAGUUUCUGACACAAGUGCACCUCAUGCUGUAGUCCUGCAUGAUUUUCCUGCAGAGCAUGCUGAUGACUUGGACCUUCAUUCUGGAGAUAUCGUUUGUCUUUUGGAGAAAAUCGAUACCGAGUGGUACAGAGGAAAAUGUGGGAAUCGCACAGGGAUAUUUCCUGCCAGCUUUGUUAAAGUAGUUAUUGAUGUUCCAGAAGAAAGCAACAGGAAAAAAAUACCCUGUUCAUCACAGUGUAUUAAAGGCCCAAGAUGUGUAGCACGAUUCGAAUAUAUUGGAGAUCAGAAAGAUGAGCUCAGUUUUUCAGAAGGUGAAACUAUUAUCCUUAAAGAAUAUGUAAAUGAAGAGUGGGCCAAAGGAGAGCUCAGAGGCACAUCUGGAAUUUUCCCCUUGAACUUUGUGGAAGUAAUUGAAGAUCUGCCUGGAACAGGUACAGGAGCAGCACUGAAGAACAAGGUGGAGGUUUCUUCCUCUCUUCCUCAGAACAACAGACGCUCAGUAGAGUGGUGUGAAGCACUUCAUGAUUUUACAGCAGAAACCAAAGAUGAUUUAUCCUUUAAAAAGGGAGACUACAUCCAAAUACUGGAGCAAGUAGAUUCAGAGUGGUAUAGAGGAAGACUGAAUGAAAAGGAAGGAAUUUUCCCAGCAGUUUUUGUUCGGACCUGCUCAGCCAGGGUAGAGCUGUCACAGUCUCUAGGAGGGAAGAAGGGAAAAGCCAAAGCUCUUUAUGAUUUUCAUGGAGAAAAUGAAGAUGAGCUUUCCUUCAAAGCAGGUGAUACAAUAACAGAGCUGGAAUCUGUAGACGAGGACUGGAUGAGUGGAGAGAUACAAGGAAAGUCUGGGAUAUUUCCCAAGAACUUUGUUCAGAUUUUAAAAACACCAUGAAGUGUUGCCUCUCUUUGUACUCCCUGCAUCUGGGAGAGAAUGUUUUCUAUCCUAAAGGCACAGCAAAGACAUCAACGUGUUUUGACUAUCAAUGUUUUGCACUACUUUUUCUAGACAGUCAUACCAGAGUCUUGCAGUCAAGUAAGAAAAUUUUAGUCUUUUGUGACAGUGUAUGUAGUCAUGCUUCAUGAAUGCUCUGAGAGCAAAUACAAGCAGGAUUUUUAGUGGUUUCCAACUAGGGAAAUACUGUGGUGCAACACCAUUUUAACUUAAAUAGCAUUCUAGUAUGUUUACUAUCUGGUAUUAUAUUUAUCAUGUACAAAGUCUGCAUAAAGUAAGCUGCUUUGGGCUUCUUUAAAAACUUUUUAAAUCCAAAUCUAAAAAACUGUUUUUAAGAUAUAAUUACAGCAUUCAGUAUGUAGAUCAAGUUUGAUAUUCAGGUCUCGUUACUGCUUGACUUCCACAUUAGCAGUAGAAUCCACUUGUUUUAUGACUUAGAGGAUAAGGAAGAAAGAUAACUGAUAUUUCAUAGUAGAAAAAUAUCAAAUCUAAUACUGGUAAGAGGGAAAACUCAGAAGCAAAUCCUUGUGUAGUAUUCUUCUAUUCUUAGCCCAAGCUGCUCAUACAGGAAGAUCACAAGAGUAAAACUUAACUAUUUUGCCUCUUAACGAAUAAUGUUCAAAUCAGUAUGAAUCAUCUUAGACCUUCCUCCCUCCCCCAAAAUCCUUUCCAGAUAGGUUUUUUCACUGUUCUUCGAGCACCAUCAUACCAUACCCUUCUUUCCCAGCUGAAGUUAGUUGUGACAGACAGCAUUUACUGAGCUUUCUCAGAUCCCCUCCAUGCAGUAGCUGCACUAUGCCAACUAUUUGCUCCUCCACCCCCUUCCUGUAAGUGGAAAGCCAGUCUUCACUCAGUCUGCAUUUCAUUUGUCACUCAAGCACUGGAACAUACUUCAGUAACACUAUUCCUAUCCUUAACAUAAGGGAUAUUAUACAGCCUUGGUUUUAGGUUUCAGCAGACAUAGGAUUAAUUUUCAGUUUGUUACCACAUACCAACUAUACAGAGCAUCAUUAUAAAUGGUCUAUCAAGGCCUUAAGGAAAACACGCCUGGCAAGAGGUUACUUCAAGAAGCUCUAACAAAAGCAUUUAGUAAAAAGCAGCAGUGUGACCUGAAUGACAAAUUAAGACAGACGUGAUUGAGGUAGUUUCACAUUAUAGGAACUUCUGGUAGUAAACUCCUUUUUGCAACACUUGGCUUCUGACGAAAUAGUUAAAUGCAUCUCGAUUAACUGCUAACUUCAUCAGACUGGAAUAGAAAAAAAGUUAUGCUCCAGUUGGCUCUUUCGUUGCUGACAGUAUUCCAUCACUUUUGCACUGUAUAAUAAAAAGGAACCAGUAAGCUGUUCGCACGAGUCAUUACUUCAGAGAGAUGCAGGUCACCAGGCAUGAAGAUAUCCUUACAAGAAUUUUCUUUGUGGGUCUGGAAGUUCAGGUUGCAGAAGGGCCAACAGUUGAGUGGCAGAUGGAGACUGGAAACUAGAAUCAUCAUGAUUGACCUUGAGAAAGUUUUGACUCAGACUACGUCUGCUUACAACUUUAUCGACACGAGGUCCAAGUAUUAUGGCUACAAACACCUACUGCCACAAAAGAUCGGGGUGCAUCUAAAUUGGCGACUAAGCAAGCUGGCAAGGGUAGCCCUCCCCGCCCCAUGCACUGCACUUCGGUUACCAUCACAGCAGGCAGAAGCAAGCUUACAGCCAAAACUGAGCUGAAGGACUCCCCCGCAGCAGGGAACAGGCAUCCAGUCUUGGUAGCAGACUGGAGCUUGCCUGAAGUGAACCCAAGGAACACGCAGCACAGACAUGAGGUCAUUGGCAAGUCCACCUCCAAGGACAACCCUUCCUACUCCAGGCUCUCCUGCCAGGAGAUGCUGAAGGUUCUUGUUUAUUCCAAUAAAACAGAUUCCUUGGAUUCCUCUAGGAGGUAACAAAUAUACACAUAGAUAGGAUUUUCUGACUCCUGCAAGCCACUCAGACUUUUCAACCAUAAACUUUCAGUGGAUCACCCUAUUCGAACAGGCUUCUUCCACCAUGCCCUGUGCCAGCACAAUUCCUGAACCUCCACGGUGCGCACAGCAGGGGGAGAACAGCAGAACCAAGCAAAGCCCACACCAACAGACAGAAUACCCAGGUCCUCCAAAGACAUACCGCAUCAUUGUGGUGGUGGAUGAGGCUUACAUGUAUGAUGAUGUUUACUUACUUACUGUCUGGCAGUUUUCUAAGAUUUUGAUACAAGUCUCAAAAGUAGAACUGAUUUUUUUAUAUUUUUUUCAAUUUCCUCUUCCCCGUUUUUAUAAGUGUGUAUUGACCAGUUGUUUUUCUAACUUCCACUGAAUGUUUAAAGUCAGUGCCUGUCAGUAGAUAAGACCGCUCUCCUUUGUUUUAAUCAUCUCCUCCCUAUUAUGCAGGGCAGAAGAGCAGCAAAGCCUUAUAUUCAGAGCAAGGAGUGCCAUCUAAAGGCUGCUUGCAUUACUGCAGGCAACUAAAACAAGGUGUAUUUAUUAAGACUGAAACAAGUUAGAUGCUUGGCUUUUACAGGAAGGGAUUUUCUUAAGACUUGAUGCCUGAUAUCACCAUGAAACUGCAUACAGAUCAUAACAUAAAAUUCCUACGGUGUACAGUACAUAUUUUGCAAAAAAAGUGAGAAUGAGGUGGAGCACAAAUCGUAACUGCAAUAUAGUAGCAAAUUUCAGGUGUAACCUUGAAAUUCAGCUAGACCCCCAUACAUUGGUACAAUAAUAAAAGCCUCAUUUGUCAGAACAUUUUCUGCUUGACCCACCCUCUGGAAAUAUCUUCAGGAAGACGUCUUUGUCUGUCUACAAUUAACAGCGUCCUAAAUAAACCUUUGUUAAGCCCAGUAAGUUUGUUAUGGUACCUCUGUAAAUUAAGAAUGUAUUUAACCAAUAAAAUUUUUUAU